AUGGAUAACCAUAGUCACAUGUCUUUAGUAGAAAAGUACCCCUUUUUGAAAGAAUUUCCUUUAUACAAAUUCUAUGGACAAUUAGAUAAUGUCAGUGACGAAGGUCCAGAGUAUGAAGAAUGUUCUGAUCUUUUGAGGAAUAAUUACAAUGAGAAAUCUAGUCUUUCUAAGUUUUGUACAAAAGUUUACAACAUAUCAAAUAUAUUUUAUAACAUAGGAGAAAUAAUUGGUUCAACACCUUCUAACUCUUGUGACUAUUUGAACUUUUGGUUAAAUGAAAAUUUAGGAAAAAAUAUUCCCAUGUCUAUGGAAAAGGAUUUGGUUAACAAGGCCUUAGAUAAAAUAUUUAGAAAAAUUGAUGGUCCUGUAUGUGGGUAUAAUAAUUUGUUAUGGUAUAAUAGGGAAAAUUUUCUAAAAUUAAAACAGUUGCACGAUUAUGCUGAAAGUUUUAAUAAUAUUUUAAAUGAAGUUAAUAAGGGUAAUCUGGUUAAUAAAGACUCUUAUUGCAGUUACAUUAUAGAAAGUGUGAAUUUAUAUGAAAACAUUAAGAAAGAACUUUUGCAUAAGCUUUCAAAUGGAUAUACUGAUGAACUAAAGCUUUUUAAACAUAAAUAUGAUCAAAUUAAAUCAUCUGCAUUAUCAUGUAAAAAGGAGUUACCAAACUUAAGAACCUUAAUGGAACUAAGUGUAGCAGCAACAAAAGUUUCACAAAGGGCGCCAGAAGGAGAAGGGCACUAUAAAGAUGAAAUGCAUGGCCCGUCAGAGGAGAUGCCAGAGAAGGAAGUAUUCUCAGGGAGGGUAUUGUCAGAAGAAGUAUCAUUUAACGAAAUGAUGCAUUAUGGAAAGUCAUCGGCAUCUACAAUUAGUGGUUAUCAAGAUUUUGGAUAUACAAUAAGCCUUCCUAAUUUUGUAGUAGAUUUUCGGACAAUUUUAGGAGUAUCUCUCCUGUUAUUCAUUUUAUAUAAGUUUAUGCCAUUUGGAUCACGGAUAAAGAAUAGAAGAAGAAGCAAGCAAGGAAUUUUCAAUGAGAUAGCAGAAGUUGAAAAAGAAGAUAAAAUGAGCAGGCAUAUAACGUUACAGGAUACUGAGAAUGAUGAUAUAAAUUGGGGCGCAAGGAGAAAUUACAUAGGAUAUUAUUACUUACAAAAUCCAGAAUUAGGAAAUACUGAGAAAUAA